AAGGCCCGCCUCAGGUUAGAAAGGCAGGCCAGUAGUAGUCAUCCAGCCAUGCUGAUGUGCAGCGCAUAUGGCUUCUACCCCCCAGCCAUCGAUGUGUACUGGCUGAGAGACGGUAAAAAGGUGACCAGUGAUGUGGUGUCCACUGAGGAGAUGCGUAAUGGAAGCUGGUACUAUCAGGUCCACUCCUACCUGGAGUACACGCCCACAUCUGGAGAGAAGAUAUCCUGUGUGGUGGAGCACGUCAGCUGUAAAGAGCCCAUCAUCAUUGACUGGGGGGGUUAUUUCACUGAUUCUGAUAUGAACAAGAUUAUCGUCGGAGCUUCAGGGUUUGUGUUGGGGAUCAUCCUGUCCACUGCUGGAUUCAUCUACUACAAGAAGAAAUCUCCAGGUCAGACGUUGAUCCAGCAGACAUGA